GCAGCGGCAUUCGCUCGAUUUCCAGGGCGGAUCAGACGGCCGGGAGCGAAUCCGGGGAUCCCGUCCCACCCCCGCCCCCACCAGCCCCUCUCUGCUUCCUCCCUCCCUCCUCUGCUCUCCUCUCGCGAAAAAAAAAGAAGACAGAAAAUAAACUCCCUCCUCGUCAGUUGCUCGAGAGGGCUGCGUAGCCUGCGUCAGCCGAUAGCUCUGCCGCGCGGUGUCGUUUCCGCGGUGAUCCUGCCCCGGCUCCGCCGCCGCCGCGCGCGCGACUACGAGGAUCUGUCUGCAGUCUGCUCCACCGGGCAUUUCACCAGAGGAGCAGAGCGGAGGCAGCGGCCAAGAAGAGGAAAGAAGAAGAUCAUUUCGACGUCAGAAGCAGCAGUGAGAUGACCAUUCAAAAAAGGAUGCAGCAGUGAGCGAGGGGAGAUACGGACGCCACCACUAUUGCCGCGUGGCCAGAAUUGCUGCUGUGAUCGGGACGUUUGCAGAACUGUGUGAUCUGGUCUACCUAAGCAGAGCAGGGGAGAAGCAAGCGAUCGAGUGGCCGGCGGGCGUGAAAGAAAGAAGCGAAGAUGCUGGCAUGCAUCGCCUGCUCGACCAAGGACGGUGGAGAGGACGGCUCCCGUGCUGUCGGCGCACCCAACAGCAGGGACGCCGGCAAGUCUCUCACCUCACAGCUCAAGGACAUGGUGCUCAAGUUCUCCGGCUCCGGCAAGCACUACAAGGCCACCGGUAGCCCAUCCUUCAGGGGCAACCGCUUCCACCGCUCCAGUCGGUUGGCCGCGUACCCGGGCAUCAUCGACGACUCGGGCUUCACGUCCGACGGGGCCGGCGAGGCGUACAGCUACACGAGAACAACGUCGAGCGCGACCGCCCCGUCGACAACGUGGGACAUGCCCAAGAUCAACAAUGGCUUCCAGCCGCACGGGAGGAACCCGAGCGCGAGCUGGAUACCGAGCAUCGGGGAGGAGGCCGAGGAGGACGAAGAAGACGAUGAGGAGACCGUCGUCCUGGAGGAAGACCGCGUGCCGAGGGAGUGGACCGCGCAGGUGGAGCCCGGCGUGCACAUCACUUUCGUCUCCAUCCCCGGCGGCGCCGGCAACAACCUAAAGCGCAUCCGCUUCAGCCGGGAGAUGUUCAACAAGUGGGAGGCGCAGCGGUGGUGGGGCGAGAACUACGACCGCGUGGUGGAGCUGUACAACGUGCAGACGUUCCGGCAGCAGGGCCUCUCGACGCCGUCGUCCUCCAUCGACGACGCCAUGCAGAGAGAGUCAUUCUACUCCCGCGCCGGCUCGACGAGGGAGAGCCCGGUGGUGCUGCCGCCGUCCGCGACGGCGGCGAGCAGGGAGCGGCCCAUCACCCGGACCACGUCGUACAAGGCGGCGUGCCACCCGUCCACGGCCGUGCCGGACCCGUCCGACCACGUGUGGGCGCACCACUUCAACAUGCUCAACUCGGCCGCGGGCGCGUCGUCGAUGCCGUUGAGCGCGGGCGCCCCGCCGCCCUACGACCCGUCGCGCGCCACCACGUCGUCGCUGGACGAGGCGUCCGUGUCGGUGAGCAAUGCGAGCGACCUGGAGGCGACGGAGUGGGUGGAGCAGGACGAGCCCGGCGUGCACAUCACCAUCCGCGAGCUCGGCGACGGCACCCGCGAGCUCCGCCGCGUCCGCUUCAGCCGGGAGCGGUUCGGCGAGGAGCGGGCCAAGGUGUGGUGGGAGCAGAACCGGGACCGGAUACACACGCAGUAUCUGUAGCAGCGAGCGAGACACACUGAAGCAGCCAGCUAACACGUACGUACGUCAGGUGACUCGGGUCCCGGAGGGAGUCGUAGGUUAGAGUGAUGGUGAUGGUGUGAUACUUACUGUACUAAAUCUAGUACUACUGCCGUUAGUUCAUUCGUCUUGAGAGGCAGCAGGUUGAUGGUUCAGGCUGCUGCGCCUCGUGUAAAAUGUGUUUACCGGAUAGUUACCGGUUCUUUCUUUUUUUGGGAUCGGUUUGUAUCUUGCUGAACACUGUGAUUCGUUUGUUUCUUCUUUUUUUACCUGCUUUGUGUGAA